AUGUUAAUAAGAAUUUUAGCUUUGGAUCCAUUUGAUGGCAAGAUCGGUAUCAACUUCAUCAUCAUCACCCUGAACUUCAGUAUCACCUGCAAACCUCUCCUUGGCAACAGAGAGGUAUAUAUGCAGGAGAACUUCCAUUAUGGCCAUGAUGACCCUCUCCAAUGGCCACAGGCCUACAUCAAGCAGUUCCCUUGCCUUGCCUGCAUAUGCUGGGUGUCUCCCGCCUUACUGAAUGACCCCUUCUAUCCACUUUAUCGUGGCUUGACCAAAUAUGAUUUUGUCGAGUCUGACCCAAAUAGUAUUGUGAAGGGUGUCGGUCAUCUACAUCACUCAAUGUUUCUGAAAAUUCAAACUACUUGCCAAGUCGUCAUCAAGUCCAUGAAUUCCAUUGAUGCCAGUGAGCCUGUGGCAUGUAGCUUGCAUGGACACCUAAGUGCCAUAGAGAUGCUUCUGGCACAACUGCAUGCUCUGCUGACAUCUUUUCUCCAUGUCCAUUUGACGUUUGCAGAGACACAGCACGUCACCUUAGAACUUUGGGCAUUUGUGGAUUACAUGACCAUGUUCAAGCCUCUCAUAGACUCACCAGAGUCUAAUAUGCCAACCAUGCCUGUCAAUAGCAGCCUCUUGGGUGCAUUUGUUUAUGAUGCAAUGGUCCUCCAGAGGUUUUUCAAGGCUGGGAUACCAGUUUGGUAG